AUGCGCCACACGGCUUCUGGAGUCGCUUGUGAAUGGCGCAAAGGACCAGAGCAAAAGCAACAGGCGAAACGGGCGUUCCGGAAAGAGAAGGAAGCAAGCAGAGAGACAGACAGACGAGACAGACCAGUUGACAUGAAAAUGCAAAUUCAGGGAGACGCAGAAGCGCGGGUCAAACCAGACCGUGGACUAGGCGACCAUGUACAGAGCAGAUUGGUACAUGUACCCAUCCACUGCGGCGCAGGAGAUGGUCUCACCAGACGAUGCUCAAAUGCAUGCAUGAUUGAUUAUUCUGGGUUGCGUGAGAGAGAAUGA